AUGGCCUCAUACACUUCCCACUUGUACCAUGAGAGCGGAUGCAGCUAUCUUGCCAAGCCAAAAAACAUCGGCAACUCCAGCUCAACAGAAAGCCUCAGCAAACAAACCCCUGGCACUCGACCGCAAGUCCAACUCGAGCUCGAUUCAGUGGCACUUGCCGGCGAGGCAGCCUUUUCCGGAUUGUUUCCGUGGGUCAAACACGAAUCGGAUGUCAAUGAGGGCCAGAGGCCAGCAAUGCUGGAAAGGAACACUCUGGCACGGGAUACACAAAUCAGAACUGCAUUGAAGAAGGAUCAAGGUGUUGCAUCAUUUGAGUAUCGAGACGCUCCACAUCUCACGCAGGUCCCUCUGCUGACGCCCCGCACGGUCAUAUAUGAUCAUUCAACGUCGAAUGCAGACUCACAAAGCGCAAAUUCGCUCAGUUCGGCGCUUUCAAACCAAAUUCAGAAGCUCCACGAAGAGGCACAUCUAGCACUACGAGAUACAGAGACAGCAACCACAUCUGAUCACCAUUCAGCUCUUGAACAGGAUACGAAGGCUCGUUGGAAAUCCAAUGAGCAUUUGCUGUUGUGGUCUACCAACACUCGGACACUCAACGUUUCGAAUGAGGCUAUAGCAAAGGUGGCGGAGGCUGAAGCCUCUCGUUCUCAUGCGAGCAACGUUAUGCCGCCACUACCAACGCUCCAAGGUGGGCCAUUGUCACAUGUCGUAUAUGGCGAAGCUGUACCGACAGGGCUGCCGAGGUCGCCAGUCCCAGCUCGAAAUGCAGGCACAGCCAAGGAGGACUGGUGUGCAGAAGACGAAGUACUGGACUUUUACGAUGAAGCUCAUCUGCCAGGCUAUCAAGUGUGGACACGCGGUGCUACAAGGUCCAGCGUUAUGGCAAUUCGUGUACCACGCCAGAUGAUGGGAUGGAAGGCGGUCCUAAUGUAUGCCAGUGGACGUGACGGUGCGAUGCCACGGUUAGAGCGAGAUCUGUCGAAUAAAGCACGUCGGUCCAGCAAAGUACUGGGCAAGCAAGGAUGGGAGGUAAGGCAAGAAGCGCUCAAAAACAGCUACGACUUUCGACGAGGCUCCAGUAUCUUGGCCACCAUGCAUGCCGGACAUCGACUGUUCAAGCAUGACUGGCACAUCAUUGUCAAGGACGGUUCCAAGUACGUAUGGAGGAUGGACAAGCACGAAUUGGCAUUGUAUCACGAAGACGAAGGCGAUUUUGUCAAAGUUGGGGAGUUUUGCAAAGCGGUGCCUCCCUCAAGGAUGAAUGUCGAGCUUGACACGGGUACUGUUGCUGGAUGUCUGCCUGACUCGACAAAGCGAAUAGGCUCGUUUCGGUUCCAUACACGGCGGUCAAAAUUUGGUGCAAGUACGCUACAGAACGGCGCUAUCUUUGACGUCAGCCUUGCUGUGGCCAGCCUAGUGGCGUUGUUCGGGGCCAGAGGAGGGUUCGUCCAUGUGUCGGCUGCUUUUGAACCCUCUUCGGACCCAAUGCGUAACGUACUCGAACAGCAGAGGCAGUCGGCACCAGACCGGGAGCAGAUGAUGUUGGCAUUGCCGCGUCCCGGCUUUGCCCGAGACACUGAAUCAGUGCUAUCUGACACCACUGAUGAAGAUGCGGAUGCGCCGACGUACGACAACAGACGCCCUCAUUCUACCGGACAGUCAAGCCAGCAGAGUCCAUCACUACAGCCAACCUACCUUAGACCGCAACAAGCGGACAGAGAGGCCGAUCAUUCCCGCUCCAACAAAGGCCGCAAGAGGUUCUCAUCGUUCUUUGGCAAAAACAGCCCUCCAGUGGUGCAAAGCGAGGAAGCCCGGCAUUCGACGGACGAUCGGCCAGUAACGACAUCACAGCAAAUAGCGAGGCAGUAUCGGACUCGAAGCGUAAUGCUUUGCAGCUGA